AUGUCAGCAUCACUCCUCCUCCUCCGAAGCUCAAUCGCCGCACGCAGCAGCGCAGCUCUCCUCCCACGCACAACCUCCGUGGCUGCACUCCGCGCCAUGAGCGACCACAGCACAUCCACCCGUCACGGUAACGAUCCAGAGGUCCUCCAAAAGGGAAAAGACUCGGUGCUCCGCAAGCACUCCAAGAACUCCACCGAGGAACCUCGCUGGCACGAGGAGCUAGCGUCGGAUGCUGAGGCUUUUGUCAAGGCCCAGCGCGACGAGAUCAACGGUGUCCACGAAGAAAUCUCCGAGCUGCAGAAGCGCACCACGCCGAAGCCCAAGCGCGACUCGUAG